AUGGCUUGUACUCUUGAUAUAUUGAGCAUCAAGCAAAAAAGUCUCGAUUUUGUGAACUUGCUCGGCAACGAACAUGACACGACCUCUGAUAAAAUCGUUGGUCUUCUCGCCACCGAGUUCGCAGUACAGCAUGCCGAUCUCCCUCCUUCUGAAGGAGGCCGCGACGCGUUUUUGACCAAGCUAGGACAAAGGUUGAAGCUUGCCAAGGGACAUGCCAGUGUCGAGGUAAAACAUGUCGUUGCGGAGGUAUUCGAGGACGGGGCCAAGGGCGGACAGUGCUGGGUUUAUAGUACGAAGAACACGCCAUUUGGAUCUACCAAUAGCCUCGAUAUGAUUACAUUCGACGCCGAGGGCAAGAUCGUUCAUUGUCAGGAUCUCCACGGGCCUAGCUACGGAGCGUACUCGAGCUUCUUCAAAUGGCUCGUGGAAUUUGUGUUUGGAAUACCGACACACAAAUCCUAUCAAGCUGUGCCGAAAAACCCAGCCCUAGUUCCUGAGUUCUCGAGCGAUUUGAAGAAUGUCGUAAAGGGUGUAGACGCAAUACACUCUAAAUAG